AUGCGUCCGAUUCUGCUGGUGACUGGCGCAAACACUGGCGUUGGGCAGGGUAUAUGUGAGCGCAUUCUUGUGCAGCUUUCAACUCCAACGCCUUCGGACAGCAAAGAACUACAAGGCGAUAAUAGCGGCGAAGUUGGCACGCCUUUUCAUGCGGCCGAAGGAUGUACGUUGAUUCUUGCAUGCCGAAACGUGGCCAAAGCCAAAAAAGCCGCGGCAGAUCUUGAGCGCCUACUUGUGCAUCUUCAUGAUAUAGAGGACGAAGCGCUUUUGCGCCAUGAUAUUCCGAGCAAGUGGUUGCGUAGCAACUUGGUGGCCACGAACCGUGAGCAACUGCGUCCACGCACGCUCGACUUGGAUCGCAAAGCGCCGGUUACUGUACGUGACGCUGUGGCGCGCACAAAAUACCGCCAAUCGUUUUGCCGCAACACCAAGAUUGAUAUCCUCCCGCUUGAUCUUGCGAGUGUGGAGAAUUCGUAUGCCUGUGCAGAUGCAAUCAAAGCCAAGUACCCUUACCUUACCCAUAUGAUCCUCAAUGCUGGCGGUGCAUCGUGGGCAGGCAUUAAUUGGCCACUUGCCAUCUUUCAAAUGCUCACGAAUUUACACUGCGCGCUUACGCGCCCAUCGUACAAGCUGCAAAACGUCGGCGAGAAGAGCAAGGAUGGGUAUGGCUGGGUGUGGCAAACCAACACCGGAAUGCAUUACCUGCUAGUGCAUGAGCUCUUGGAAUUGAUGCGUACUUCGCCGUACAAUGUUCCAUCUCGAAUAAUAUGGACAGGCUCGCUCGAGGCGAAUAUGGGGGACUAUUACCCAUCCGAUUUCCAGUGCUUGGACAAGACUGUGUCGCCGCACCCGUACGAGUCCACCAAGUACCAAUGCGAGCUGGCAGCGCUAGGGAUGGAUCGUGCGCUUCGAAAGAAGGGAUAUGCGGUGCGUGCUUACACGGCACAUCCUGGUAUUGUCGCGAGCAGCAUCUUUAGCGGGGUGAUUCCUGGGCUCAUGCUUAUGCUUAUGAAGGUCGCGUUUUACGUAGCGCGGUGGACAUUCUCGCGAGAGCAUCCGAUCGAUCCUUACAGGGGCGCCAUUGCUGCAAGCUACGUUGCUAUUGCACCGGAAGAGGGGCUAGAUAGUACCGUGCGGUACGGAGCGCGAUGUACGUUUCUUGGCAAGGAGUACGUGUAUGCUGGUCGUGUCGAUGGGUGGACCGAAGCGCCUCCUGAUACGUUUGGGUUCCCGGAAAACAAAGUCAUGUUGUUGGCGCAAGAUAUGCUUGAGCGAUUUGAUGCAUUGCUGGUACGGCCGCCAGCGAGCGCAUCGUGGGAUUGA